AUGUCGGCCGACUUCUGGGCGGGCUAUCUCAGCGGAAUCGUCGGCAUCAUAGUAGGCAACCCCCUAGACAUUGAAAAAGUACGUCGGCAAACCAGAAGCCAUGUGGCCGAGAAGAUAUACAGCCAGAGCUCGGCGGCGUUCAUGAAAGGCACCGCUGCUCCCAUCUUUGGCUACGGGGCCCUGAAUGCACUGCUGUUCUUUUCCUACAACCGGUCAGAAGCAAUCUUGAAAGGCUCGGCAGCAACGCCGACUGCCGGAUGGGUCACCUGGACGGCCGGAGCAGUGAGCGGCCUUGCGGUCUGGGUAGUAAGCGCUCCGACCGAACUGAUCAAAUGCCGGGCUCAAAUGUCCACGCCCGCCAUGUCGAGCUGGGCGAUUUUCAAGCAGAUCCUGCAACGAGAGGGUGUGAGGGGACUCUAUCAUGGCGGAGUCGUAACGGCGCUCCGAGACAGUAUCGGUUAUGGCUUCUACUUCUGGACAUAUGAAUUGGCUCAUCGCCACUGGCCCGCUGCGCGAGAGCACGACGACGCUGCCUCUGGGAGACGAGACACGUCAAAGAUACUGCUGUGCGGCGGCCUUGCCGGAAUCGCGACCUGGGCCAGCGUGUUUCCUCUCGACGUCAUCAAAUCACGCCUUCAGACACAGCAACAGCAGUAUUCCCACGGCGCAACCACGGAUAUGGCGGGCAACAGGCGGUAUGGAGCGUGGCAGAUGGCGAAGGACACAUACAGAGACGGCGGGAUUCGUCCCUUCUUUCGGGGCCUAACUGUCUGCAGCGUCAGAGCCUUUGUUGUUAAUGCCAUUCAAUGGGCUGUGUAUGAGUGGAUCAUGAGCGAAGUGACAAUAGGCAAUGAACGUCAAAUGAAACUGCUUCCAGAAGCUGAUUCUUAA